CAAGCAUUUUUAAGGCAGAUAUCGAGGAUGAGCCGAGGCGGAAAGAAAGGGCCCAAGGCGACGGUGUACUGGGUUGGGACCAGGGUACGCUGCAGCGCAUAGCACACACACUGGAUGGACAACAAACACGCAUCCGAUUGGGCAAUCCCCCGUUCGUGUGUGUCCCGGAUUUGCCUGUACAGAAGCCGAAUGAGGAGGGUGUGUUGGUGGGUGAGCCGCUCUUCACCGCCGAGGCCUACCAGGGCGAGUGGGAUGACAACAGACGACACGGAUACGGUGUCAACCUGUACAGAAACAACACAAAAUACGAGGUGAUUGUCCCAUGAAAGAUGCUGACAGACAGGCGGAUGGACGGAUGGAUUAGCCAACUGUGCGUGAGCAGGGUCAGUGGCAGUGCAACAAGCGUCACGGAGAAGGCGUCCUGUGGCGGAAGAAGGGCAAGGAGACUGAGUGGCGCAAGGUGUACACGGGCGGCUGGCAGUAUGACCUCAGACACGGCAGGGGCACCCAGCUCUACAGCAAUGGCGACAGGUGGGCCACAUCAGAUACACAGAGGGACGCAUCUCAUGCGAGUGUGCGUGUUCCGGCAGAUAUGAGGGCGAGUGGGCGGACAACAGACGGCAGGGCAGGGGGACCAUGUGGUGGGUGGGGAGGAGGCCCGCCGGCCCUCAAUGCACACGCGAAACGACCACCAUUCGUUGCUCUGUGUUUAUGUGUGUAGGUAUGCCGAUGGGACAGUGUACGAAGGCGAGUGGCACGCUGACGAGCGGUGCGGACACGGCACUCUCAAACUGUAAGGACAGCCACAACCAUAUCCCCUUCUUCACGCUGGACACAUCCUGUGUGCAUCCAUCCACCCACCCAUCCGUCCUCCGAUGCAGUCUCAACGGCGAUGUCUACGAGGGCGGCUGGCUCAAGGACGACAAAGUACGCAAACGAUCUCAAUCAACGACUUCCCAUGUCACGGAUCCACAAUGCCCAUCGCAGGAAGGCCCCGGCGCCUAUUUCUUCUUCGACACUGGCCGUGCAUUCGUGGGUGAGUGGGCCAACGGUCUGCCCCAGGCCGGGGCAUACAGCGACGCCGAGCUGAGCGAGGGAGAGGUGCAUCCAUGUGAACUGACCAAACGGCCGUAUCCGAAGGAGCUGCCGCCUCUACAGCUGAUGGCACCGGAUGACGUAGGUAUCAGCGAGUGCAUGUGCAUGGGGGUGUGCAUGGAGUUUGGUGUGGAUGCAGGUGAUGGACGCGUGUCUGAAGGCCGUUAGGACCGUACAGAGCCCAUUCAGGGCGAAGCACCUGCCGGUGGGUCACCCAGAUGCCCGUAAAGCCACUGGGCGAUGUCAUGUGCCUUUCUCUCGUUGUCUGUGUGUAUGUCAGCUGGAGAUAUUGUUCAGUGAAGACGAGCUCGAUGAGCUGCACGUGACAUUUGACGCCGUUGCUGUAGGCUGAGGGAGGGAGGAGACAUGUACGGUAUACAUGUUUGACAGCCGAUGUCAUGUGUCCUUUGGGUGUGUAGGAUGGUGACACCAUCUCUGUGUUGGACAUGAGGGCCCUCUACAUGGCCAUGGGAUGCCCCAUCGAUGGUAAGAAAAGCUGUGUAUCUCUUGCCUGUGUGUCUCUGUGUCUCCAUGUCUCCGUACGAUUGCAAUUGCACAGACGCCGCCCUGACGGACCGCCUGGCGCUCCUGGGCAUCCUCCUCUCACCGGUGCAGCAAGAUGCUCUCCACACAGCAGCCACACAACUGCCGCCCGCAGCACCGCCACCAGCACCACCAGCAGGCGAUGCCAGUCCCACGGCAUCGUUCGUGGCACCAACACCGCUGGUGGCCACAGCCACAUCCGCCGCCCCCCUGCGAGACAUAUUCGGCAACCCAAUAGAAAUGCCCCGGAUCAGCUUUGAGACGUUUGCAAGGUCGGUCGCACUCGCGCCGCCAGAAGAGGGUGUGGGUGUGGGUGUGGUGGGUGAGGGAGAGAAUGGUAUGGGCAAGGUGAUGGGGACGAUGCAGAUGCUCAAAGAGGCGGCAGUGGAGGAAUGAUGGAUGACAUGGGGAGAGCGUUACUCUGGGAUGAUGAUUGCAAACUUGUCUCGCUGCUCUCGUUUUGACUUGGUGGGAGUGGUCUUGUGCUGCGUGCUGCACGGACUGGACUGAC